AACCCCCUAAAUAUUUAUUAAUUUCCCCCUUCACUGAAGGCGAUAAAUAUUUUUGGUUUCUAUGGCUAAGGUUCACCCACGUGUUCCAUUUUCAUUCGUUCAUGACUGGAUUUCGUUGGCCCCACCGGAUAGACUCGUACACACAUGAUUAACCAAAAGAAUAGUAUAGAACCAAAGAAGAAGAAGUGAGAGAGAGAGAGAGAGACAUUACAUACCAUUUUGAGUUUUCCACCAUUGAAGCAUGGCUUCCAAGCUUUGUGACUCGUGUAAGUCCGCAACAGCCACUCUCUUCUGCCGUGCUGACUCUGCUUUCCUUUGUCUUGGCUGUGACUCCAAAGUUCACGCAGCCAACAAGCUUGCCUCUCGCCAUGCUCGUGUUUGGGUUUGUGAAGUCUGUGAGCAAGCUCCGGCUCAUGUAACCUGUAAGGCUGACGCUGCCGCUCUCUGCCUCACUUGCGACCACGAUAUUCACUCUGCUAAUCCGCUCGCACGUCGUCAUGAACGUGUUCCAGUUACGCCUUUCUACGACACAUCCAACUCUGACAACUCACUCCCUGUUAAACCUAGCGCUGCAAUCAACUUCCUCGACGACCGUUACUUCUCCGAUGUCGACGCUGAUGCCGCCGAUGUUAGUAGAGAAGAAGCCGAAGCUGCUUCCUGGCUUCUUCCCAACCCUAACCCGAAGGCAAUAGAAAGUUCAGAUCUGAACUCAGGCAAGUUUGAGUUUCCAGAAAUGGAUCCUUACCUAGAUCUGGAUUACAGCCAUGUAGAUCCGAAAUUAGAAGCGCAAGAGCAGAAUAGCUCCGGUGCCGAUGGAGUUGUUCCUGUUCAAAGCAAAGGAGUUCAUCUCUCAUCAGCAAACGAUCGUUGCCUUGGUAUAGACUUCACCGGCACCAAAUCGUUCCCGUACGGUCAUAACCCUCAGUCAAUCAGUCACAGUGUAUCAUCCUCUUCGAUCGAGGUCGGAGUGGUGCCGGACGGGAACGCAAUGACAGAUGUAUCAAAUCCGUACACGAAACCUUCCACAGAAUCGUCUGUUCAACCGCUGCAAAUCUCGCCGGCGGAUCGGGAAGCGAGAGUGUUAAGGUACAGAGAGAAGAGGAAGAAUAGAAAGUUCGAGAAGACGAUCCGAUACGCAUCUCGUAAAGCUUACGCUGAGACGAGACCGCGAAUCAAAGGACGGUUCGCCAAACGGACUGACAUCGAACUUGAUGUUGAUCGAGUGAGUGGAUACGGCGUCGUUCCUUCGUUCUAAGUUUUCAUUAUCAUUUUAUAUAAAAAAAAAUAAUAAUAGUAAUUAUAUAUAAAAAAAAAAUGUUUGUGUAAAUAUGAAGAAAGAAAAAGAAGAAGAAAUAGUCGGAAAAGGAGGUUUUGAUCGACGAUAUCUGACCGUUGGAUCAUGUACACUCUUCUCUCUUUUUUUUUUUGUAGCAUUAAAUCUUUUGCCUUUCUUUUUCUUCUCCGGUAACGAAAAUCUUUCUUUUCGAAAUCCCUUUUCUUUUCUUCAUCUUAAUUUUAAAUUUUAGAUUGUGAUUUUGUUGAAGCAAGCAGCAUUAGUUGUUAUAUUUUUUGUUUUGCUUUUUAGAGCAAAGUGUAUCAAUUUCUAAUUUCCAAUUGGUGAACUGAUUUAAGUCUCAUGUUGUUUGGUUUGAAUAUAUAUAUUUUAUUCUCAUUAAAAUAUCAAAA